CGAAACGAAAUUAGCGUGAAGUGAACGGUCGUUCUCGUCAGCCGGCCACACAAUGCAUUUAUCUCACUCAUUCAUUUUUCUUUCAUUCGCUCAUCAAUUCACGAUACAUGUCAUGAGAAAAAUGAGCUAGUGAUCUAGUGAGCUAGAACCAUCGAAUUAAUAAGUACAACAAUACAGUAGUUAAAAUACUAACUAUGGCUAGAACUGAGUUACUGAUACAUUCGGAGCUAGUGUGAGCUAGUGACACAUUCUGUCAGUGUUAGUGAUAUAUAUUUUUUAUGUCACUCACUCAGGAACUACACAUCUUUAGUACAUACCUACCCUAGUAUAAACUUUAGUUUGUCAGUUUAAAAAGUUUGUUUAUGUACUUAGACCGUCUUUAAUGGGCGAUAACUGAUAAGAAGGUUUAGUACUGAUAGUGUUUUAUAUCUAUAGUCUAAAAAUGUGCAAAUUAUUCAUAAACGAUUUAAUACAAAUUUUCAAAAGCAGUGUAUCAGCUGUUUUACCUGAAAAUUUAAUUAGAAGUUCAUUGAAAUAUAAUCCAACCAAUGAGCAUCUAAAUAUUUUAGGAAAAACUUAUAAUUUAUUGGGAAAAAAUGUUUAUCUUGUUGGAACAGGCAAAGCCGUACAGAACAUGUCCAGAGAAGUAGAAAAUAUUUUACAAUCUAAAAUUAAAUAUGGUAUCAUAAGCAUUCCUAUGGGAAGUUUGGACGUAUUUAACAAAUCAAGAAACGUUGAGUAUUUUGAAGGAGCUAAAGAUAAUUUACCUGACAAUAGUGCACAAAACACUGCAUUGAAAAUAAAGAAUCUCAUUACACAAUUAAACAAAGAUGAUCUAUUACUAGUACUUAUUUCAGGAGGUGGUUCAGCAUUACUGCCUUUGCCAAAAUCACCAAUAACUUUAGAAGAAAAAAUUGGACUUGUAAAGAAGUUGGCUAAUUCUGGUGCUGAUAUUAAAGAAUUAAAUACUGUUAGGAAAGUAAUAUCAGAUUUAAAAGGAGGCCAACUGGCAGUAAAGGCACAACCUGCUCAAGUUGUCUCACUAAUCCUUUCUGAUAUUGUUGGUGACCCUUUAGAUCUUAUAGCAAGUGGUCCUACUGUACAGAAUACUGAUGGAGCUAAUAAAGCAGUUGAUGUUUUAAAAAAAUACAAUUUAAUAGAUGCACUACCUAAAUCAGUGCAAACAUUACUUGAAAAUAAUGGAGAUAAUUUAGUAUUUCCAACAAAUAAUACAUCAAAUUACAUAAUUGGUUCAAACAAAAUAAGCACUAAAGCUGCAGUUGUACAGUGUAUAGAACUUAAUUACCUACCAUUAGUACUAUCAAAUAAAGUUACUGGAAAUGUACAAGAUGUAGCAAACAAAUAUAGUAAACUAGUGACCGUAAUUUGUAAAUAUUUGAGGCAAAAUUUGGAAAUUGAUGAAUUAAAAUCAAACAUAAAAAAACUGGAAAUAUCUGGAACAGAUUUAAAAGUUUUGAAUGAAAUAAAAAUAAGUAACAAGAAACCGUUAUGUCUUAUACUUGGAGGAGAGAUAACUGUAGCAGUAAAAGGAACGGGUAAGGGUGGUAGAAAUCAACAACUGGCUUUGGAAUUUUCUAAAUAUCUACACAAAGUCAAAGAUCAAUUGAAUGACUUUGAUAUAUUUAUACUGAGUGCUGGAACUGAUGGAAUAGAUGGCCCAACUGAUGCAGCAGGGGCGAUAGGAUAUUUGAAUCUCAUUUCAGAAUCUACAGCUGAUGGUUUAGAUGUGGAUAAAUAUUUGGCCAAUAAUGAUACCUACAAUUUCUUUAAAUUAUUUAAAAAUGACCAUUUACAUGUAUUUACUGGUCACACCAAUACUAAUGUUAUGGACAUACAUCUAAUUAUUAUUAAGAGGAAAUUGUUGAAAGUUAACGUUUAAAGUCAUAUCUUCCAAUCUGUUCAUAGGUGGUUAUCAUUCUCCUUUAAAAUCAGAACAGUUUAUCAAAGUCUUUUAUGGUUUUACAACUCUUUCAUCAGGGGAUUUUGUUUGUGAACAGGGUUGUGACAGGCUAUGCAUUAGUUAGAAUACAGGUUAUACCUGCACCCAAAAUAAAUUUUAUAACAAAUAACAUGUUUAUUUAAACAAGAUGUCUCAUUGCAAAUUAUAGUUUGACCCCAUCGAUAUAUUACCACUAGAUCCCGCGUAAAGGCGUCAAAAGUAACCAAACAAAACAGUGCUUAGAUUCAUAUUAAGCACUGUUUUGCCGUCAGUGUCACGCCGACCGUCGAGUGGAACGAUCCUAAAAUGCGCUGUAAAAAGAUGUAAAAAACACGCUUAUAAAGAGAAGACAACAUGAAAUUUAGUAUUUUUGAUUUAAUAACAGAGUAAUAAAAGAAAAAAGAAGCAACAAUUAUUUCAAACCUAAUUGCUCCAGUGUGGUUUGUGCAGACCAUUUUACCGAAUCUGACAUGUAUUUAAUAAAUAAAACAAUUUCAUGGGGAUUAUGUUGUUGUGAUUUAAAAAGCUCUUAUCUAUUUUCCCCACCGAUGUGCAAGGUACAAUAUAGCUAACUCAGGUAUAAUUAUCUAUAGUUAUACAAUAUUUGUUGUUAAUCAUAUGGAAUUAAAUUGAAAAAAUUGAAUGAAUAUGAAUUAAAAAAACAUAAUAAAAAAUAAAUUACUCAAAAUAUUCUUACAAAAAAAGUAUAAAGUGCGACUCCGUAAUACUCUGUUCGGAGCAGUAAAGUCUUAAUAUCGUAAGUUUAAAAGGGCGUAAGUAAAAUGCUAUGCGUGUAAAUUUUUGCUUUAUUUUUAAGGGGAUAAGUUUAAAUUUGGAAUAAAAGUUAUUGUAAAAACUAUCUUUUUCUGUCAUUCAUGGCGUAAAGUCGUAAGUGAAUGUUAAAAUAAUCUAAACUGCACUUUAUUACUUGGGGAAAAGGCAUAGUUUAGGUUACAAUUAUUAUAUUAUACAUCGUUUUUCUCCACUUGAUGGUGUAGUCAGAUCAGUUAGUCGAUGCCAUUUUUGUGUUUGGUUUUUGUAUGUGAUGCGUUAUCUAGUGGUAAUAUAUCGAUGUUUGACCCAAUCAAAAUAAUAAUAUAUGUACAUAUAUUUAUGGGUAAAAUUAUAUGACGGAAAACUUAAAAAUUGAAAAGGUAAAUGUAUGUAAGGGGUAAUGUAAUAAUGGUAAAAAUACAAGAGCAAAUACAUAUUAAACAUAUUAAAAGGAAAAAAUAAUUUGCCUCAUGUAUUUCCAUAACUGACAACAACUGAUGGACCUCCAUACUUCUGUGAGACCACUUCGUUGUAUGUCAGGUGCUUUUUUUUAGUAACAUAUCAGUUUUCAAUCAUUGUCCUUUUAUUGUCAAGAAUUAUUGACACUUAAUUUUCCAGCGCUUAUCUUCCAACAAUAUUAAUUUAAAUUUUUAUAAGUAUUGUUUAUAUAUUACACUAUAAAGAUGGUUUUAGAAAUAGAUUUAAUUUACUAUUA